AUGGACUACCCUAGGGGGCCACAGAAGCUCGUUGAAAUUGUGCAGUACCUCAUCGGCCAAGGUGCUUUUGCUUUUGGUUCCCCGGCCGCUGUGACCCUCGAAUUUUCAGAUCCCCGCGAUACCGAUAUACCCGGUGCACAGAGCCCUGUGGAAUCACUGACUGGGCGCCAGCCGAGAAAGUUGACUAUGCUCGAUUUUUCGUGGUUGAGAAAUUCGCUCAAGGAUGAUAGCUAUGCCGACCUCACCUUGAUUUCACGUACCAAACAGUACUCCGCUCACCGAGUCGUCGUCUGUUCACAAUCUCCGGUCAUAAUAAAGAAAUUUCAAUCCCAAUUCCAAAACACCAAACAGGACCCUUCGUGUGACGCCUGCGGAGCCACGCCCCGGUAUUGCUUUGACAUCUCGCAGGAUGACCCCCAGGCGGUGGAUUGUCUUGUUCAGUACUUCUAUCGCCAAGACUAUCAAAGUAGCUCCUCCAAUCCUGCAGCGGAAGAUACCAGGUCUGAUGAGGCGGAAGGUGCGAUCUCGUCAUCGGUACUGAAACAAAGCAGUAUUGACGAUUCCUAUCCGAUAUUUCACGUCAGGGUGUAUGCACUGGCUGAGUUCUAUAACGUACCCGCCCUCAAAGAAUUAGCGCUCGAGAAGUUCAACAGAGUCAUACAAGAUAACUCGGAACUAGAUCGAUUCCUUGACGGAGUGGAAGAAGCAUAUGAGUCAACAAUACAAGAAGACAGGGGAUUGCGUGAUACCAUCGUCAAUUUCUUCUAUAAACAUUCAGAUUUGUUGAAAGAGGAACGAGUGCAAGACAUUAUCCAAGACACAAAUUCCUUGGCUUACGACUUGUUAAUGCACUGGGAAGAGAACCUAAUAGCACUCAAGAGAGUCAAAUCUGUCUGGCCAGGAAUCUAG